CUAAUAUCCCAAAACGCAGAUGUCGGUGAUAGAAGACAUGGGCAUGUGUGCGAAAGAUUAUUGAGCCAAACUUUGUUAAACUGGUUGCAGGGUAGGACGGUGAUUAAUUGGGCCAGGUUGUUGAUUGGGAUUAUAAAUCGGCUGCUGUUGGAUAGGAGGGGUACCUUGGCCUUGAACAGGUGAAGCCAUAUGCAAUCUCUGUAAUUGCUUCCGGUCGAAGGAGCUAGUGGAGGUGACGAAGAUGUGUAAGGAGAUGAAGAGGAUGGUGCCGGAGAUAUUGGAGGUGGAGGUUGAUCCGAAGGGAGGGCCGGGAAUAGUGGAGGCCGCGAUGAGGGUUUAUGCGGAAAAGGAGAGUGUGGUGGAGGUGUUGCAAGCGAUGCAGGGAAUAGAGGUGGCGAUGAAGAGAUCCUUCUUCGGUUACAAGCAGGUUGUGGCGGCAGUGAUGGAGAGUGUUGAGGCUGGCGGGAACCGAGUUGGUUCCGGCGACUCGCUGAUAGAAGAGGAGUGGGUUGCGGUGGGGAGGCGAAGAGGGCCUGACGGUGAGAGAGAGAGGUCUGUGUGUGUGAUUGUUGGAGGUGGGUAAGUUAAUGUGAGAGAGAAGA